UAUUUGUCUUCUUCAAAGCGUCGACGUUAAAGCUUUGAAAUCGCGGUUCUGCUUCCAUCUUCAGUGUCCUACUCCGUAGCUGGAUAUAAGUCACGUCUGUUCACUUAGGAAACUGUGUAACGGCCCAAUAGGUCCUCAAGCGUAUUACAAUCGGAGUAUCCAUCGGUGUCUGAAUGGUUGAUUUGAUCUAUGGUUCAAUCGUCUUUGUUGAAUUUUGCUGUUUUGGGAGGGCUUCGAUAGUUACCCGAUUCGCACUAGCUGCCCACAACAAAUCUUUUUCCAAUCUGAAUCCACCGUACCCCACAGUAAAGCGUCAUUAUGGAAGACCACCUGUCUCCGGAGGAAACCGCAGAUUAUGAGCUCGAUCAAUUGGCCUGCUCUAUCGCCGAAGCAUUCAUAGACGCAUACUACUUAGCGUUGGAGAAAGAUAGAGACAACAUCGCAUCGUUCUAUUGCCCGAAAUUUGUAUCACCCGACGGCACUGUGCCUUUCAUCGCGUGGAACGGCACUGUAUACGACAACGGAGAUGCCUUUCAAGAAUUCUACGAAGGGCUAACGCAUACCCAUUAUGACGUGGAGGCCCUCGAUUGUACAGUCCUCAACCGCAAAGCCAUACCUGCCGCUGCCGUCCAAGGUGGUAGCGGCGAUGACUCUCGAGAUUUCGACCGUCGCAUGUCCGUCCAAAUAUCAGCAUCGGGCUCGGUACGCCUAAAGGAGCCGCUCAAGGGACCCAUACGAGUGUUUUCGGAUGUUUUCGUGCUCGUGCCGAAUUCAGAGAAGCUACCAUCGCCAAAACCGACGUUUGAAAAGGGAUGGCAGAAGCAAUGGGUCAUACAGACUCAGAGCUUCCGAUUUACGGAAUGGAGUCCCGACGAGAUUGCCGGAGCGAAAGUGGAUGAAGCGAAGACCACUAGCGAAGGAAAGAAAGAGCUGAAAGGGAGGGGCAGAGGUAUUGCGAAUCAGUUUGCGGCCGCUGGCAUCUUUGCGAAGGGGAGAAAGAUGGAUACAACAUGAGAAGGUAUACACAGGCAGUUGGGAACAAACAAUAUGUGAACAUGUGCAGAAAUGGCUUGGAGCAAACGGCGAAGGCCUCGUGCCUCACGCGGCAAUGCGUGCACGAACUCGCGAACGAGACGAGAUGGAAUAAGAUCGCCGUCGAGCCCUUCGCUGGCAUAGCAUCAUGCCAGACCCCUUACAGAUGUGUUGACUCCGUGCUUUGGUGGUGAAUGGUGACGUUCCCAUAGGUUUGGGACUUCACGUCGGCACAGAUGUCUGGUUGCCAGCUCAGGAGCUGGAGUGCAUUGCAGAGACCAAAUUUCCUGCCCUCUCA